CGCGAUGAAAUGGUAAAGAUUAUAUCUCAAUUGAAGGGUGAAGAAGAAGUGAUUGAAUCGGCGGGCUCUAAUCCCAUUGUGGAUUCUAGCGGAGAUGCUCCAACUCAAACACAGGCUGAGCCUGAAAAACCAUCAGUUGUUGAAGAAGACAAUGAAGAAGAGUUCCUAAGUCCUGAAUCUGAAUCAGAACAUGACAGUGAUGAUCAAAAAGAUAACAAAAACGAAAAGAAAGAUGAAUCUGAUGAAGUUAAAGAUAAUGUAAAUGUAGAAAAUGUAGAGAAUAAGGACAAUGUAAAAGACAGUAAAAGUAGUGAUGAGGAAGUAGUGGAACAUAAAAUAGAUGAUGGAGAAAAAAAUGAUGAGAAGUCUGAAUCUGAAACAGUAUCCAAGGAAGAAGAGGUCGGAGAAGCUAUAGAGGAACCGGUCAUGGUUGUCACCGGAGAAGGAAACGGGGCUGAGUGCGAGAGCUCGUUCAUUAUAUAUGGUGAAGAAAUCUCCGAGCCUGUCAUGUAUUUCUAUGGUGAUGGCUGGGGAGAAGAAAAUGACACUGGCAACCCUGAAAUAGAGGAACAGCAUCAUAGUGAUGACAAAAGUGACGAAGAGAAUCCUCCAGAAGAAUGUAACGGGGAAAACUAUAACCCAUCUAACACAAACAAAAAAGCAAAAAUAGGUAAAUGUGUCAAAUUAAAAAAUAAAUCGGUCGUCAACAAACGGUCGUUGAAGAAGCAACCGAAUGACGUCAUCGAGAACUCUAAAUCCGAUUGCAAGAAACAUUGUAUUCGCGAUUUAGAUAAGUCGAACGGAUCUAAUUCCAGCUCCGUCAUCGACAACAAUAGUAUUAACGAUAAGAGCACACUCGAAGGGGAAAAGAACGACACAGCGAACAGGAAAGUCAAGAGUAAAGUGAAAAAGGAACUAUUGGCGAGCAAAGAUAAGGAGAGCGGCGGCGAGGAGACGUUGAACUCGCCGCCAGCGUCUGAUAAUUGUCAGAACAGUAAAGUCAGUAUUAUUGAGAAAAGGAAAAGCAGUCUGUCUUCCGACCAAGACGACAACGUCGAGCAAGACAAUAAGAGUUCAGAUAAAGAGGUCAAAGAGGAUGACCUGCCUCCGAAGAAGUUACGCCUAGAAACGACUCCAGAUGAGACCGAGACGCAACCCAAAGAAACGACCAACAAAGACGACACGUCCAACGAGAAUAUAGAGAACGACACAUCAAAUACGAACGUGCAAGCCGAAAACACGCCCAGGAAGAAGAUGAAAGCGAAAAAAGGCAAGUUCAAAGCCAAGAAGAUUGUACAGAAACCUAUAACGGAGUCCGGCGGGAACGACAGAGAUUGUGAUAUUAAGAAUGAGAGCAAAGCCGUCAAGCGAACUCUCGUGAACUCUAACGCUAGCGAUAAGACGAACGAAUCUCAGAGCGAGACGGAGGAAGACGAGCAGAGCACGAGCGGCAAGAGACUGAAGAUUAAACCUAAGAAGAUAAACACGACCACCAGGAAAAAAGUUGAGGCGAAGCAUAUGGCGAAAAGUUCCAGCGACUCAGAAGAAGAGACGCUGUCUAGUAUAGGGAAGAAAUCGACGAAGAAAGUAUUAAAGAAGAAUCCGAAGGGUAAAGAAAAAGGCAGGACUUGCGACGACGACUGCGCGCCCGUGCGACAGUCGCGUCGCAUCGCGCAGAUGAAGAUCAAGGAGGAGGCUGAGAGGAGGCACGCGGAGGAAGUGGCGCUCAGGGAGCUCAAGAUGAUACACAACAAGAGAGUGACGAAGGAGGAUGAGGAGGAAUGGCGGGCCAGCAGUCGGGAUAGCUCCGAGUCGGAGUCCCGGCCUCGCGAGCCUCGGAGGGCGAAGGACGAGUGGCGCGAGGGGGACUCCUCCGCCGACCUGGACUCCGAGCCGGACUCCGAGCCGCUGUUCGAACACGACGAGCCCGACUUGGAUUUCUCCAAGUCUGAUCACGAGUUCUCACCGGAGUCGGAUCUCGAAGACGGCGAGCCCUCUGAGCCCAUCAAACGAGCCAGGACUCUACAAGAAAACUCGUCCGAGGGUUCCUGUACCCGCUGCGGCAGUGGCGAGCAGCCUGAAUGGAUUCUGUUGUGUGAUCGUUGUGACGGAGGCUACCACGCAAGUUGUCUCAAACCGGUGCUGCUCCUGGUGCCGGAGGGAGACUGGUUUUGUCCAGAAUGUAGCCAUAUGAUGUUAAUAACGGAAUUGGAAAAAGAACUGGUUAAGUAUGACGAGUUGCUCGCCGCUGUAGAAGAAGAGAGAGCGAGGAAGAAGUUGGAAGAGACGGAACAGUCCAGCGACCUGGAGAAGACAUCCGACAGGGAGGACGAUCACGACGAUCAAUCAGAUUCGAACUCUGGAUCAGGUUCAGACGUGUCUUGUAGUAGUGGCUGGUCGUCCCCGGGGGCUGUGUAUCGUCUGCGAGCUCGUCGUCAGUUACCCGUCUCAUACCGGGCGCAGGAAUAUGAUAGACUCAUCAGCUCCGCCAUUAAGGAAGAGUACGUGGAGCCGACUACUAGCGCAGGCAAUCAGGGUCGAGGCAAGGAUAUCUCUACCAUCAUAGAGGCUGCCGAGGAAGAGAAGAUGAAGGCUGAAAGAGAGCUCAUUGAACAGGUACUUGUACAGGGGAAACCAGUGGACAACAAAAAGACUAAGAAGAAACAGAGGAGGAAGCCGAGGAAGCUGAACUCACUGGACGUACCCUCGGAAGACGACGACGAGACCGAUGAAGACUUUAAAGAUACCGGUAUGGAAUCAUCUUCUGAAGAAAUAUCUUCGUCUGCUGAGCGCGACAGUUCGUCACAUUCGUCGGACUCACUGCCUAUACGACGGAAAGAUCGAGCAAAACAAUCAGAAUCGUCUCCGGAAGUAAAGAAGAAGAAGAAAGGUGUGUUUGAAGACAGUUCCAGUGAAUCCGGUGAUAAGGAGAUAAAAAAACCGCCACGUCCCAAAGGCCACAGGUCAAAGAAGCGCCUCACCCAGUACGACUCCGAGGGUAACGUUAUCAGAGCCAGGGUCACGUACGGCUCCCCCGGAACCAGAGACAAUGACUGGUCACCGAAACACAGAACCAGACAGAAGAAAAUCAACUAUACGGAGAUGCCCAAUACAGAGUCAGAGGAUGAGAUGCAUAAAUCAAGCGGUAAACACAUGCCGGAUAGCUCCGACGAGUUUAAAAUAGAUUCGUCGGCAAGUUCCGACUCUGAGGCGGAUACACGUGACCAGUCCGACGAGCGGGCGCGCGCCCUCUGCGACCUCGUCAAUAAAACAGCCGUGGUCCCGCUGACCAAACUUCCCGAUGACGUCACCAGCCUCAAGACAAACGAAGGAGAGUGGUGUACGGAGAGUGUGACGUCACGGGGGCGGGGUCGAGGCCGUGGGCGUGGCAGCAGAGGUCCUCGGGGUCGGGGUCGCGGAGGAUCUACCGGCUGCUCUGCCCAGUCCACUGACGACGCUCUCUCAAAGCUUGUUGGUGUCAAAAUCAAAGAAUUAAGAACAGAUGGCACCUCUGGCCCUCUGCGACCUAACCAAACUGAACGUGAUAAAAAAAGACAAGAAAGAGAGGCUAAACUGGCCGAGAAGGAAGCAAAGAAGAUGGAAAGGAUACAGAAGAAAGAAGAGAAAGAGAAACUAAAAGAGCAGAAAGCGAAGGAGAGGGAAGAGAAGAGAUUGGCAAAGAUAGCUUUACAGGAAAGUAAAAAGAAUAAGAAAGAAAAGGACUUUAUGCCCAUAUAUGGUAUGAGGCCACAGGAGUAUAACAGUCCCAUGCCGAGGCAUCCUGAAUAUCAAGACAGAUUCCCACCUCCAAGAUUACAGGUGCGUCCGGAGCUUCGAGGCAUAUCAGACGAGAGAGCUCUCCAUCGCCCGGAGAUACCUCACAACGUUAUGAGAGAAGGAACCCUGUCGGUGGCGGGCUCCCCUCAGCCCUUCGCCCCCGCGCCCGAGGAGCCCUCCGUCAUCACUCGCAUGCCGCACGUCAUCAACUACAGGGGCCAAAUGAUGUAUCCGGGCGGCAACUCGUCGUACGGUCCGCGGGGUCAGCCCGUCCCCGUGUAUCAAAUGCACCCCGGCCUGCACGCCCGCCAGUACCCGCCGUACUUCCCUCAUCUGCAGCCCAUCAAUUACCGUUCCUCUGGUCCACCCGCCUCGCCUCAGCCGAGACCUCAUGGACCCCCAAUGCACCCCCACGGGCCCCCAGGGCUCCCUCAUGGGCCUCCGGGCCCCCCACACGGUCCACCGGGACCUCCCCACGGACCCGGCGGUCCUCCACACGGGCCCCCGGUAUCGCUCCAUGGCACGCCGCACGGGCCCCCGGGACCGUCUCACGGUCCGCCGGUGUCGUCCCCCCUCGUACAAGGUAGCCCCAUGCCCCCUGGCCCAUCCCCCGGAUUGAUGACGGGAGGGAGCAUGCGUCCCGGCGCACCGUACACCGGACCUAUACCCUUCCGUACCCCGCCGCCCGCGGCCCCGCCCGUGACUCCGCCCGCCCUGGAGCCCGAGAAGGAGCCACUCGUUACCAUCAAAGCCGAGGUGAAGACGGAGCCCGAGUACUCCUCACCCCCGCCCUCGCCCGCUCACCGACCCUCACCCGAGCCGCCGAGGAACCACCCCAAAAUCAAACACACGGAGAACAAGGAUGGCCGGCCGCGGUUCCCGCUGGGACCGUACGCACCCCACUACGGACCCUACGGACCUUACGCUCCGGGCACGCCGGGCGACCCACAACCUCCGCCAGACGCUUUACUUAAUUUACAGACGAGAAUACACCAUAACCCUAUGCACCGCGCGCCGGUCAACGUCCGACAGUACAUGUCCAACGAAGUGAAGCCCGGGGACCCUGGCGCCGCGCUGGCCCCAGGGGACAGGUUUCCUGACCGUCCCCCCGGGCCUCACGAGGUACCGCGACCGAGCUCCGUGGGAGGACCUCCCGACAGGCCCGUCCUGCACGACAUGCUCCGAGCCCCCGGACCCGACAGAAUCAUGACACACGACCUAUCGAGGGUCCCGGACAGACCCCUGCUGCACGACCUUCCGCGACCGCCGGGGCCCGACAGACACGCCGUGCACGACAUGACGAGACCUCCCGGGCCUGAGCGAUCAGCGAUGCACGACAUGCAGAGGUCGCCCGGACCCGACCGCCUCGUGAUGCUCAACAUGCACAGACCGCCCGUCCCGGAUCGCCCGCUCAUGCACGACAUGCACCGCCCACCCGGUCCCGACCGCCAGCUCAUGCACGACAUGCACAGGUCGGCCGCGUCAGAGAGACUGUCGAUGCACGACAUGCACCGUCCGCCGGGACCGGGUCGGCCGGCCAUGCACGAGUUGCCGAGACCCCCAGGCCAAGAACGGCCUCCUGGGCCCGACAGGCCACCCAUGCACGACCUACCUCGACUCCCGGGACCCGAACGACCACCGAUGCAGGUGCCGCCGCCGGAGCGCCUCAUGGGCCACGAGAUGUCCCCCCACUACCCGUACGUACGACCGCGAGCGCCGUACGCCGGAAGCGGGCGGCCGGAGCGGACCUGCCCGACGCCGCCCCCGGAGCGCGAGUCCCCCCCGGACGUCAAGCCGCCGACGAGAGGCCCUCCGGCGGCGUGCAGGCCUCUCGUCAAAGUUGAGUCGGAGGCCCGCGAGGAGGACGGCGUCUUCGGGGGCCUCGUCAGCUACUUCUCUAGCCAGCGCGAGGACGACAUAGACGCCUAGUGCUCUAGGGGUCCACAUGUAAAUAUCGUCAUAGAUAAUUGUAUUUAUGCGGCCGGGGGCAGACCGCGGGCGCUCUGUACAUUUGAUGAAGGGGAGGCGCGGUCGGCGAGCUCCGGCGGCCGUUCUGGUCUCGAAUAGAGCGAUGUAAUAUUAUUUGUUUGUUUACGUUAAGUGAGAUUUAUUUAUACACGGAGCGAUCGGUACUUACAGUAUACUCUGAAUACGAAUUCUAUUAAAGAACCCAUUAUUUCUUUUUGCAAAAUAAAUGUUUUCUCUUA